AUGUCCUGUCGGGAAAAGGAUAUUAAUGACAAAUUACUGUUGAUAACUAUAUCAAAACUUUUCAUUUUUUAUAUCUAUAAUUUAAAGAAAGUGAAGAUAGUUAUCAUGAUAAAAUUGGAAAUCGAAGAUAAUUACAAAGCAAAAUCUCCAAUACAACUAGUUCCUUUUGAAGGUACCUCCAAAGAAGACAACGUAGAAGUAUUGUUAGAUUCAAGAUAUAGUACACAAACCUACGAAUUUUCUUUAGAUGAUUUGAACAAAGCUUAUAAUGAAUUAAUUAAUAAUCGUUCAAGAAUAUUGGAUAAUUAA